AUGCAUGCCAUUGUCUUCAUCGAAGUAUCAUGGACGCAUAGACAACUUGCCUGGAGUCCAGCAGACUACGAAGGAAUCGAAUCCAUUUUGGUUGAUACCUGCUCUAUGUGGACGCCGAGUAUCCUCAUAUAUCUCGGUGUGGGAGAGAGUAUCGAGCUUAAAUUUGCGGACACCCUCAGAGUCACAUACCAGGGUGCAGUGUCGUCAGAUAAGAACUACCACUUGUCUUUUAGCUGUGUAAUCGACUUUGACAAAUAUCCCUUCGACACCCAGCUCUGCCCUCUGGGAUUUUACCCGUCUGCGAGGCCAACCGCUCGGCUCGAGUUAUUACAAACCUCAUACUCUAUUUAUAAUAGCAUUAAUUUCAGUGGCGAGUGGAACCUUAAGAAACUACACCACAGUGAAAUCGCAGUCGCAAACCUACUUCUCCCCUUGGCGAAAUACCCGAACUAUCUUUUUGAAUUGGAGCGGAAAUCUGCUUACUACGUCAUCACCAUCAUAUUCCCCAUGGUGCUGACGUCAGCGAUGAUUCCCCUGGUGUUUGUCAUACCGACGAAGACAGGGGAGAAAAUUUCCUACCUGGUGGCCAUCUUCACGUCAACGGCCAUCUUCCUGAACUACAUAUGGUGA